GAAACUGACGCGGCCACGUGUAAAAAACACCCCGCGUGCUUAAAACCGCUCCACCGCCCUCACUCAGCGCCUUCACCCGUCCAUCCCUCUAUUCUCCAUCAUGAUGCACGUGCUUCUCUCCGCCGUGUUGGUCGCGCUCGUGCCGCGGGGUCUCGCGUGGAGCGCGAGCGCCAAGUACGCCACGAGCUGCCCGGAGCGCUGCCGUGCGGAUCUUUGCGGGACCACGGUGGCGCGCUGCGCGUUCACGGUGCUGGAUGACUGCGGCUGCUGCAGGGUGUGCGCGGCGCGACGCGGGGAGGCGUGUUACCGCACCGUGUCCGGCAUGCACGGCGUGAAGUGCGGACCAGGACUGUACUGCCACUUCUACAAGGAUGAAGACGAGUAUGGAGAGGAGUACGGAGUGUGCAGAGACUGCACAUACGGCACGUACGGCAUUGAGUGUCGGAAAACCUGCAACUGUAAAGGUGGAGGGCUGUGUGACAGAGAGACUGGAGCGUGCCUCAGCUUUAAAUUCUUCACAAAAUUGACCAACAAGCUCAAGGCACAUGAAGGUAAUGAGGUGGCAUCAGGAGAUGGAGACAGCAGCAACAGCAGCAGCACUGACGCUGGACACACGGAACGGCCACCUGCUCCAAAACUCGCACCCCGCUGACCAUAACCCCAUUUACUCUUGGCCUAAUCAGUCUACAUGUAGCAUAGUAAAUUAAAGACAGAAAAGGGAUAUAUUUUAAUAUGUUUAAAAAGGUAUAAAUAUUAUAUCAUUGUUUUUUGUACAAUAUUUGAUACGUUGUUAAUACCAUGUCAGACUAUGCCAAAGCAUUUUGUGUAUCUAUGCUUAAACAUACAGAGGGGUUCAAAGUCUGAGUCUGCACUAUUUCUAUCUCAUUAUUCCAGUUUAAAGGGGAAUUCUAUUGACUCCAAAAUGUUCAGUCACUGAGUUUUAAACAAAAUAAUUCUAGUGGUUUGAUGCAAAAUACACAGCCCUACUGGUGACAUCCUGUAUGAAUAAGAAUGCAUGGGCACGACUUAAGGCAUGGGAAGUAAAGCAAGAUCAUUAAACCAUGUCCAUGACUUUGUAAGGCAUGGGAACUAAAGUGUAUCCACAACUUCGUAAGGCGUAGGAUUAAGAUCCUAAUGUGUGGCCACAACUAAGUAAGACAUAAUCUUGUUCCCAUGGCUUACUAAGUCGUGGGCACACGUUAGGAUCAUUAGAAUGGUUAAAUAGCAGGAAAUUUGAAAAAUACUGGUUACUGUUUUGGUUUACAAUGCCCUGCAUGCAUCUCUCCACUAUGAAUGGAUUUUGAAAUAUAAGUUUUACUUUAUCUCAAAACUAUCAUAGCAGUGUUUCAGGCAUCAGGUGGUGUAUCUGGUUCCUAUCACCACCACUGUGAAUGAUUCAGUCACAGUAAGUUUCUCUAGAAUGGAGCACUUCACACAAAACCACUCUGAAUGGCUCUGUUUACAUCUGAAUAAUUAAAUUAUACAGAGAUUUAUUAAAAUUAAAAAACAAAACAAUGGAAAUCCCCUUUAAACAAUGUUGUGAUCUUUACCAUGUUAAGGCCAUAAUCCAUUGAAGCUUGUGUUCAAUCAACACAGAUUUGAUCUGCUGCCAUUAAAGCAAAAGGGGAACCAAGUACUUAAUAAAUUCAUAAAUUCUUGUUAAAAUGAGGAAGAAAAGAAUGAAAACUAGAAUCAUUUUCAACAGACGUUUGGAUCCUGCUGUAUGUUUACAUGCAAACUGUGUUAAAGGUUUGGUUACAAGUUUGGAAAAAAUCCACUGUAGAUGUCACCAGGUGUCACAAGGUGUCAUUUUUAUUUUAUUAUUAUUAUUUUUUUAUAGGCACAUGCGAACGCACGCAUACAAUGAAUGUAAAUGUAUUAUAUUAUUUAUAUAAUCAAAUAUUCAUAAUUAUGUGAAGCCACACACUUACUAAUUUGAAUCAUAGUCUGCUGAUGUACCUUUCUUUGAAUCAUUGCAUCAGCCAGUCCACUUUAGUUUGGUUACUGGAUGUGAUGUAAUUUGUCCUGAAGGCAUUUUCAGGUUGAAGAGAUGAAGAAACGAACUAAGGGCCUGUAUGUCGGUGUGUGUUUUCUCUUCCUCCAUGCAAAGUUCUGUAUCUGCUCUAAUCUGUGUGGAAUUACACUUCUGGAUCCUCAUUUAAAUCCUUUGAUAUUUUGUGACAUCUGUAAAGAUACUGUAUGUUGCUAUCCUGGUCUGAUGCAGUGUGCACGGGCUUCAGUAAUCAAUUAAAUUGAACAUGAGAAAAAAAA